AGGAAGGACAGCGUAGGCAGCAGAGCCUCCCAGAUGGCUGAGUUGGAUCUGAUGGCUGCAGGGCCACUGCCCGGGGCCACCACUCACCCACUGGCCCCUCUCAGCCCAGACUCUGGGUCGGCCAGCCUGGCAGAAGAAGAGGACGUCAGUUCCCUGGGAAGGCCCCGGGGGGAGACAGAUGGACAGGGCAGCAGCUCCACAGAGCAGGGAGCGCCUGACAGCAAGGGGGAAAAGGAGAUCCUGUGUGACUUCUGCCUGGGGACCAGCAGGGUGAAGGCAGUGAAGUCUUGUCUGACCUGCAUGGUGAAUUACUGCGAGGAGCACCUGCGGCCACACCAGGAGAAUAGCAAACUGCAUAGCCAUCAGCUGACCGAGCCGGUGAAGGACUGUGACCUGCGCACCUGCCCUGCCCACCACAGCCCGCUGGUCUCCUUCUGCUGCCCUGAUCGGCAGUGCAUCUGUCAGGAGUGUGGCCAGGAGGAGCACAGGGGUCACACCACAGUCUCUCUGGAUGCAGCCCGCAGGGACAAGGAGGCUGAACUUCGGUGCACCGAGUUAGACCUGGAGCAGAAACUCAAGCUGAAUGAAAAUGCCAUCGCCAGGCUCCAAGCCAACAAUAAAUCCGUCUUGGUGUCGGUGUCAGAGGUGAAGGUGGUGGCCGAAGAGCAGUUUGGGGAACUCCUUGCUGCUGUGAGGAAGGCCCAAGCUGACGUGAUGCUCUUCUUGGAAGAGAAGGAACAAGCUGCCCUCAGCCAGGCCAACAGCAUCAAGAGCCACCUGGAGUACAGGAGCGCAGAGAUGGUGAAGAGCAGGGAGGAGCUGGGGAGGAUAGCGGCCAUCAGCAACACGGUCCUGUUCCUGGAGGAGUACUGCAAGUUUAAGAAUGCUGGAGACAGCGCCUCCCCCAGUGUUUACAUAGGGCUAAAGGAUAAGCUCUCGGGCAUCCGCAAGGUCAUCACGGACUCCACUGUGCACUUAAUCCAGUUGCUGGAGAACUACAAGGACAAGCUCCAGGAGUUCGCCAAGGAAGAGGAGUACGACAUCAGAACUCAAGUGUCUGCCGUGGUUCAGCACAAAUACCGGAUCUCAAAUCCUGAGCCCAGCACCAGGCAACAGUUCCUCCAGUAUGCGCAUGACAUCACGUUUGACCAGGACACGGCCCACAGGUAUCUCCGGCUACAGGAGGACAACCGCAAGGUCACCAACACCACGCCCUGGGAGCAUCCCUACCUGGACCUUCCCAGCAGAUUCCUGCACUGGCGGCAGGUGCUGUCCCAGCAGAGUCUGUACCUGCACAGGUACUAUUUCGAGGUCGAGAUCUCCGGGGAAGGCAUCUACCUUGGCCUGACCCACACAGGCAUCGACCGGAAAGGGGCAGAGCGAAACAGUUGCAUUUCUGGAAACAACUUCUCUUGGUGCCUCCAUUGGAAUGGGAAGGAGUUCAAGGCGUGGCACAGUGACACAGAGACCCCUCUCAAAGCCGGCUUUUUCCGGAGGCUGGGGAUCUAUGUCAACUUCCCAGGAGGGACCCUUUCCUUCUAUGGUAUAGAGUAUGAUGCUAUGACUCUGAUUCACAAGUUUGACUGCAAGUUUUCAGAACCAGUCUAUGCUGCCUUCUGGCUUUCCAAGAAGGAAAAUGCCAUUCGGAUUGUAGAUCUGGGUGAGGAACCCAAGAAGCCAGCACCGUCCUCGGUGGAGGCUGCUCCUUAGACUCCAGGAUCCAUAUCCCAGACCUUUGCUAACCACAACGAUGGGCUGCAGCUUGCAUCUUAAGGGUGACUUGGGGGCAGAUGUAUCUCCCAGUGGUAGCUGGCUUUAGGAAUCAUGUGGGUCUGCGAGUGAGGAGAAAGUUCCCCGGCUGCUCUCUUGUGCUCCAUGCAGGUCCUGUUCUCUCUAUAUUUCUAAUCAUGCUUAGGUGCCAGUCUCCCUCAUCAUCACAGGUGAAUGUCACACUGUGUCCAGAAUUGGUAAUCAGGAAUCUUGAGACUACUAAAAAGAUUGCACAGUAAUCAUAAUAAAUUGCUGACUUUACUGUGUAUUUCCUACAUGCCAGACACUGUUCUUAGAGUUUCCUGUGCAUGAGCUCACUUAAUCCUCACAGCAGACCCAUGGGAUAGAUGCUUAAGUCAAUCUGAUUUUGCAGAUGAGGAAACUGUGGUUCAAUUAGCUAACUUGCUCAAAUAUAUUCUGGUCACAUGGUGAGUGAGUGGCAGAGCUGGGAUUCCAAUCCAGGGGGCCUGCGCUGAACUUUUAACAACCACACCACAUUGCCGUCCUCGUUAGAUCAUGGGUACUGUGUGUAAGGGAGUACACUCCGUGAUGAGCUACGCAGCAGAGAAAUAGAGCAUCUGAAACCCAUCUCUUAGAGUUUGAAAAUCUCUGCUUGUGCCCUGUCUGACUUGGCCAUCCAGCCACCCGCUGGCAGAGCUCAGCACCCCACACAGCAGCUCAUUCUGUUUUUGGGCAGUGAGGAUUGGAAGAAAUGUCUUAACGGAGUCCAAGUCUUGGUCCCUGUGACCUCUGUUGUAAAGUCACCACUUAUCUGAUUUCUCAUUCAGAGGACAGUUCUUCAAGUUUUUGAGGACAGCUCUCACGUCCCCGGGGAGGUAUUCUUGUUUUCAUGCUGAAUUUCCCACUUUAUGGUUCCGAGUCCCCUGCCCCCACCUCCAUUAUUUCAUUCUUCUCGCAGGUAAGCCCCCUAAGAUUAAUGCUGAACCACAGCCACCAAGCCAUCGGGCAGAUGACAAACCAUCUUUAAAUGUGUUUCUCAGGACAUAACGUUAAGAUCCUGGUGGGAUUCACCAGAAAUAUUAACUUCUGGGUCUUUUCUUGUGACCCGUGUCAAGGCAAAUCUCUUCCUCUUCCACCAGUCUGAUGGUCUGGUCUCAAGAGUAUAUUACUUUAUCAUUACUCAGUUUGUUUCCAGAGACUGUCCUGUAUUUGUAUCUAAGGAUUUUAACAGUGUAGGAUUUAAAAUUUUUUACUUUUUUCAUCACAUUAUUGUUGCGUGCUGAGGUAGUUUAGAUUCAUGAUUCUGCACCCAGUAUAUUAGCUCUCCUUCCUAGCCUCCUAUCACCUGCAGAUCAGUAACCUUUUCUUCUUAAAUCUUAACCUUGUUGAUAAAUAUAUUGAUUAGAGGAGGGCUAAAUCUGGAACCUUCCAGCACUCAGUCAAUGCCUCCUGGGUGUAGCUGUACACAAAUUAUACAUCGGUAGAAACAUAUGACAUGUAGCCCACCUGCCGCCCCCUUUAUCCACUGGACAUAAUGAAGGACUUUUUCAGUGGCAGAAAUCACGAUAUUCUAUGUCUGCAUUUUUUUGAUUUACCUGUGUAAUAACGUUCUCGAAAGAGCAAAUGAGAUCAGCUUGACCUGCCUUGUUAAUAUUGAGCCCCUGUGGGUUGUUGGUGCUUAUUUAUCACUUUGUUUUCUAGAUGCUCACAAAACACUUGAUAAAGCAUUUUCAAAUUCUGAUGUGGGUUAAUGUCAAGUUUACUAGUCUGUUGUUUCCAGAAUCUGCCUUAUUUUUCUUUUUAAAAAAUCAAGACAGUUCUGCCCAUCCCAGUUCUCUGCCAUUCUCCCUAAUUUCUCAAAAAUUCCUAGGCCGGCCCGUGGCUCACUUGGUAGAGUGCGGUGCUGAUCACACCAAGGCCACGGGUUCGGAUCCUAUAUAGGGAUGGCCAGUUCGCUCACUGGCUGAGCGUGGUGCUGAUAACACCAAGUCAAGGGUUGAGAUCCCCCUACCAGUCAUCUUUAAAAAACAAACAAACAAAAAAACCCCAAAAUUCCUGCCUGAUUUGCAGUCACACUGGUAAAUUGUGUCAGUGUCCUGAGAUGGUAUAUCGUGGGAGCCCCAAAUCUGAGAGAGCACUUGGGUAGUGUUUGCCUAUUCCACAGAACUCACCUGGGCCAGUAGGUAGAAACAUCGGUUUAUUAGACUUAUGCGAGGUGCUGAUGGCAGCCGAUCAGCUGGAAAUCCGCACCACCACAGGUACAUACAACAGUUAUAUAUAGUGAACAGAUCAAAGUAGGGGUGUAAAUCAUUUGCAUGCUUAUGCACCCCUCACCCAGCUCACACAACUCAGAGCGCUGGGGAAAUCUGGCUGUGUAGACAGGUUAACUUACUCAUCUUCCUGGAGCCAGAGUAGUUUAACACUAGUAGGUUAACUCAUUUACAUGCUAAUUCAUUUACUCCAGGUCCCUGCUUCUUCCAGUCUUCUGUUUGUCUUAACCUGUGUCUUAAAGGAGACGUGCCUUUCUUUGGGUAACUACCUUGGCCAGGGGUAGUUUCCCAGGGGGGAGGGGGAAAUCUGGUAUGCACAGGGAUGGGGAAUAGGUCUAUGUCCAGCACUUACCUUACAGAUGUAGUUUGUUUAAGCCAGAAAACUCAAAGCUCAUAUAAAAGUAACCAUUUAGGUGUCUCCUUACCUGUCUUGACCUUCAUUUCCCUGUGAGAUAUUUUUGUCUAUUAGUUUUCAGGUUCAAGACUUUUCUUCCUGUUAUAAAAGAUCAAAGCAAAAUUAAGAAUGAAGUAAUGCCCUCUUUUCUAAGAGCAGGACUGACACCACUUAAGAUAGCCCCUCCAUUGCGUGAAAGUUAGGCGGGAAAGUGGGGGUGGGAUGGGAGGAGCUCUGCUAACUGCAAAAUUAGCUCAUGUACUGUUGGCUUGCUUGCAUUGGCUAAUACCUCUUGGCGCGGUGACCGAGUUGCCGUGCUUGCAGCUUUAAAAACCGAGAACAAAGACGGUUUGGGGCCGCACCUUGAAUUGGCUGGUUCGGUCCCAGCCGCUGGAAAUAAAAAUCUUUUUCUCUUUUUCUA